UUUCAUCAGGUCACAGGAGAGGCUGGCUACGUAGCUUACAAGACGUGCACUCCAAUCUUUGACCAACUCCUGCGAGACAAAUUUGACAGCAAACACUCAAGGCUGCGAAUCAUUGAUGCGGGAGCUGGGACAGGGAUUGUGGGGAAGGUCCUACAGGAUCUCGGCUACACCAAUAUCGACGCCCUCGACAUCUCGCAAAAGAUGUUAGACGAAGCAAAGAAGCUGAAUGUGUACAACAAUUUCUUUUGUGCGCCGCUUAGUGAGGAACUUGUAGCGGAAAUCGCAAAUGAUCAGUACGAUGCUCUGAUCUGUAUUGGUACCCUUACAGUUGGUCACGUUAAGCCACGUGCUUUCGAUGAGAUUUUGCGCAUUGUGAAACCUGGUAAGGAGCUAAGGGUCUGUUUAUAUAAGGUGAGCCAGCCCGAUUGGCAGGGCUGGCCCGCUUUCGAUCCGGUCUAGUUCGGCUCAUGCUUUGUUUUCUCUUAAAGUUUUCGUUGUGCUUAUGUGAGAAGUGGGGCUGGCCCAGCUUGGUCCGUCCGUUAAACUUUGGUCUACAUGCCACGAUAUAAUAUCGUUUUCAUUUAUAGAAUCAGCGUACAGGAAACUUCACAGCACUGAGAAAGUCUUAAUCCGUGUCCAUAAUGAUAUCGCAAUUGCCUUAGAUCAGAAAAAAUAAGUGAUUUUGCUGCUCCUUGAUCUUUCCGCGGCAUUUGAUACUGUCAGUGGAUCACUGUAUCUUGCUUUCACGCCUUUCUCGUCGAUUUGGAAUUGGUGGUACGGCAACCUACCUAAAACCAGUAACUACUUUGCAAAAACGAGUCGUCAGAAUAAUGACUUUUUUCGACCCUAGAUCACAUUCUGAGGCAUUGCUGAAGUCUCUCAGACUGCUAAAAUUCUCUGAUAUAAUUCAUCUCGUAAUCAAAGAGGUAUAGUUCGCGUGUAGGUAGCUAGGGCAUGUUCCUCGAUGUUUUGCAUGACAAUUUCUGCUACUCACAACAACAGAAACUGAGGAGCCAAUAGCUGUACCGUGUAACUGUUUGCAGUGUUUGCAGUUGUACUGAAAGUACGUCGAAGUCAAACAGAGGUUGAGUAGGUCCAUAAUGUCGUCUGUAGGUAGUGGUAGUUUAACAGUAGAGUUCUUAAUAGCGUUCUCAGUACAGUCUAGAGCCAAUUGAAGUGGAAUGCUGGUGGACAGUGAUUUCACGUCAAAGGACACUAGUUUGUGGUCGUCCGGUAUCUGUAUUGUCUACUACUAUCCGGACUACUGUCUACUACUAUCCGAACUUUGACGAGGCGAAAGCAACUAGUUUGCGACUCACCUGACAGCCUACAAGACGAGACUGAUUAUCUUAACAACGUUUUUAGUAAGAACAAUUACAAUACGGACUUUGUUAGACGGAACACUCACAGUGACAUUGAUUCCAACCCCAGACCAACGUCAACUGUGGCCCUGUUACGACAGCGACUAUACCGUACAUCAGAGGCACCUCUGAAACUAUCGCACGUAUAUUACAACCUUAUACAUGUUGCACAUAAACCGAUAACCACUUUACGACGACUGCUUGCUAAUGUCAAGGACAAAGACAAAACGGAGGACAGACAGGGAGCAGUAUACAAGAUCAAAUGCUGCGACUGCCAGGCUUCUUACAUUGGUGAAACCGGCAGAAACCUUAGAACACAACUGACCGAACACAAACGAACGACGAGGAAUAGUGAAGUUAACAAUCACAUUGCUAAGCACCAUUUACAGACAAAACAUCGACAUGUAUAACGUAAUCUACAGACUGCUAUCAACGUCUUACUUUAGAAAGCUGGUUUACUAACUUAGAACAAACGCCACUGAAUCGUAGCCACCAGUUACCAGCGCUGUACAAACGACUUAUUGACGAAACCAAGCAAAACUAACUACGAGAGAACGACUGGAGAACUGAAAAUUUGACUAAUGGCAAUUGACGACUGUUUAACUGUGACAAUAGACGGAUCGAAACGCACCAAUUACUCAUUACGAGUCUUCAUAGCCAAUGACAUCACGGCUUAACUGACAGUAUAACAUCGAUCGCGACGUAUUUGACCAAUCAGAUCAACAACCAGAGUACAAUACUAUCAACUGACGUGAUACAACUCACUUUGACUCUGAAGAUGACUACACCGCACAGGUUGUCGAAACGUCACUGUCAACAACAACAGUCCUAUUCAGGACUCAUACACCCGGACGAUCAGGCAUUCGCGGUAAACAUAUCACCUUUGAUGCAGCCCAGCUUCUUGUUUAAGCGCUUGUUACAUCAAAGCUUGACUACUGUAAUGCGUUACCAUAUGGUUUACCUAACAACGUGAUUGAUCAGCUCCAACGUGUGCAGAACGUAGCUGCUUGUAUUGUUACUCUUUCACCCAAGUUCUGUCAUAUUACACCUGUUCUUGCGAAUCUCCACUGGCUCCCGAUUGUUCUUCGGAAUGGGAUUGAAUUUAAAAUACUUACUGUUACUUACAAGACUCUCCAUGGACUUGCUCCUACUUAUAUUAAAGAUCUUCUUCAAAGUUGCCUUCCGGCACGGGAUCUUAGGUCUUCAAAGAAAAAUCUGCUUGCCGUAGGUGCUUUUAAGAUAAACAGUUAUGGCCGUUGUGCUUUUUCUGUUGCUGCGCCGCUUCUUUGGAAUAGUCUUCCUCAGCAUAUUAGGGAUGCUGGAUAACUGGAUAUUUUUAAAUUUUAAAAGACAGUUGAAAACUGUUCUUUUUGACGCGCUUUUUAAAUUGAUGACUUGACUCUGGUGUUUUUAUUUCUUAAAUAAUUUUUGCAGUUUUUUAUUGUGGUUUUUAAAUUUUAACUUUUACUGUAGUUUUAAAUUGUUUAAACUUAUAAAUAGCGCCUUUUGACCCUGAUCAUUAUUAUUUAUUGAUCCAAUCAGAAUCACGAGCGAUGUUUGUUCACUUUUAAGAAAAACAGUUUGUUCAAUCAAAACCAGUGCGGUACACUAGUAUCGCGCCAAGUAUGUCAUAGUGUUUGCAGUGCAUUCGCUUCGCGGGUUGCUCAGUGGUCAUGUGAUAAAUUGCAUAUUAAAGGAGACAAAUGGAAAUGGGAAUAGGAGACCUACUUAUAUUUCAUCGUCCAAAAAGAAAGUUGUACAGAGCCUGCAAGACAACUGUCUCAGUCCUUGCCUUCCUUAUAAUUUUUACUAAUUGUUCUCGAAAGUUAGCUAGCCUGCGUAGCGGCAAAUUUUAUCACUUCGGCGUUUCGGAAAGGUUGAAAAUAUAAGGCUGGUAGAGUGAAGAAUGCCUCGCUCCAUGCAAGGUAAUCCAAGACAGUCUUGGCCGAUUCUGAAUUCAAAGCCGAUGGCUUCCGGAUUCCAGGCACUGGAUUCUGGAUACCUUGUCAGCGAUUUCUGAUACGUCGACAAUUUGUAUGAAAAUAUUGUACGCGCGCACGUUCCAUGAUUUGUUCUUAAUUUUCGUUUUUAAACGCAAUUUCUUUGAUACGAAGGCUUGCCACUUGGCCUAAUUCUUGUCGUCAAAGGCGGACUCAAAACUAACCGAUACUUCUCUGUCUUUUCGGUUGUAGGUGGUAUUAUUGGGUUCACUCUUCGAAAAGACGUCUACAACGAGACUGUUGAACACGCUGUUUACAAAGAAACAACCAAGUUUGGCUACCGCGAAAAAAUGGAUGAGAUAGAAAACGAAAAGAGAUGGAAGCUUCUACGAUGUGACUUGAUAGAUUAUCAUACUACAAUGGAUGAAUUGCGAGCAAAGUGUUACUCUUUAAUGUACCAAGUUCUGUGA